AUGAGUUCUUCUCUACGCACCGGUGUCCAGCACUAUCUGGAACCUCUUCCCUUCCGUCGCCAAUCUCUUCCCGAACGGCCACUUCUCUUCUCCGAGAACUGCCCUCGCGGUAAUCGCCCUUCAUCAUUCGACAUGAGCGGGAUCUCGAACUUCAACUAUGUCCCCAAAACCAAACAGCAGAUGUCUCCUGGGGAGUUUUGGAGAAACUUGCUAGCGGAAGUUGAAAAGGUGCUUGGUCCCGACUCAGCUGGUUCUGAGCAGCGGGACAAUGGACUUUCACGAGGUGAGUUUGAUUCCAACCAGAUUUCCCCUAUAAGUGAACUUCAAUCACUCUUUCCGAGCAUUGAUGUAUCACCUUUGGAAGAUGACGAUUAUUCAGAUUGGGAUUCAGAGUCUGAGUACAGCGAGUAUGGGUAUGAUGAGCAUGAGUAUGAGCCUGAACCUUCGACUACACAGAGCGAGUUCUGCCAUACUCUCACCCCUAUGCUAUCACUUCGUGAGCGUGGUGCUGUUCGUCCUGCGAGCGCUCCAGCACUCCGAUGUGUGACUGUUCAACACCCUGACUCUCCAGGGAUGUGGCAGCAGCCAGAGCUCAGUCCUUUUGACGACUAUACUUCCAGCGAUGAUGAAUCUCUCGGUAUCGGUAGAGCAGACUCUGACGAUUCCCCAUGGGAAGAUGAGUUUGUUCCCCUUGCAACUACUGGAAUGGCCAACGCAUCUACCAUCUGCCACCCAGCAGAUACGCCUCGAUUUCUCGAAGACCUCAGUCUUCCCACUACUGGCACUGGUGAUUUUGUCCCCAGUCGGUUUCCCACGUUCGCAUCAACUGGGUAUGGAACCUUUGUCGUGCAGAUGCCCUUCACUCCUAGAUCUCCAACGUACAGUGAGACCGACCUCGACCUCCUCUAUCAGGAAAACCUGAUGAGCGAGGAUUCAGGAGAUGGUAUUUGGGACUUUGUGUUCAUCUGGAUUAACACCAUCAUGUUCUUUGUUGCUGUGAGCACAUAUACACUUGUGCUCGUUGCAAUUCUGAAGUCGUCCAUGAACUAA